AUGGACGCUACCGAGAAUCAGGCUGCGCGACCCUCCAAGAUCAGUCGCUUGCCAGCUCCGACAGCGCACGCCGGAGGACUGACCGAGUGGAGCGAGUCACAGCAGAAUGCUCGAAGUCAAUCCUCCAUCCCCGCGCCGAGGGGCCUCAAGCGCGAGAUUCCGCCGUCCGCUCCCCAAUCCGAGGCUAAGCGCAGACCCCUCGCUGAGCGUGCACUCGACUAUCCAUCAAAGACUCCCACAAGUGCGCUUCCACGAUCCACCAUCAAAGGCCAAUCUCUAGCCAACAUCUCACAACUCAAACUACCACGACCGGCAUCUACAAUCCCUUCAGCAAGCAACAGCUUCGCAAGGAGCUUCGGUCCAGGUCGAAAUGGUGCCACAGAAAAAUCAUUAGUUCCCAGACCAAACACACCAGCCAACCAUACGAGAUCGAAAAGUCAAGUAGCACGGCCACGGACGGCACAGGGCUUUCGAGAAGAGGAAGGCAAAGAUGCGACGGAUAGUAAGGCCUUUGAUGCCGAAGAACAUGUCCGCAUGACGGAGUUGCACUUUCAAGAACUAAAGAAGACCGUAACGGACGCCAUGGUACAUACAACACAACAGGAGAAAACAUACAUGGCCAAUGCCCUUGAUUUGGUCAAUAAGAAAGCCUCGGAGUUGGAGAGCUACAAGGCAAAAUUAGAAAGCGACAAGUCGAAAUUAGAGAGCACGGCCGAGUUCCUAACGAAACGAGUCUCGGAGUUGGAGAGCGACAAGUCAAGAUUGGAAGACAAGACUGAAGCCCUGAAAUCAGAUCUCGACGCCUCUAAAGAAGAAAGUCGGAAAUUCCAGCACGACAUCGAGAAACUUGAAUGGGAACACUCUCGACAAAUCGAGGACCUUACCAGAAAGCAUAAAGCCGAAAUAGACGAUAUCGCGCGGCAACACCACACAGCAAUAGACGAUCUGAGCCGAGAACUCGAACGACUAAAAACGCAAGAAGCACACGACCAUCAGCAACAGAUUGACGCAUUGAAUCGACGGCAUCAGCAAGAACUACGUGAUGAGCAGCAGAAACGGGAGCAAGAGCUUCAGAUUUUACGGAGCAAAAUUGGAAAUGAGCAACAGGAAGCGGAGAUUGUUUUGCAGAAGAAAGAUCGAGAGCGCGAGAAGGCGCUUACAGGCAGUUUGCAAACGAGCAUCUCCGAGCUUUCGGCCUCCAACACGACGUUGGAAGCGAAAAUCAACUCUCUCCGAUCCCAGGUCGAGUUUCUCGAAUCCGACACCAAGGCACAAUCCGAUGCAUUCGCCGCCAUGGAAGACAGGCUUCAAGAUGCUCUGAAAUAUGCCGAAGAAGCAAGACAGAAGCUCAUGAAGGAAGAAACCGAGCGCCGCGUGCUCUUCAACAAGUACCAGGAGCUCAAGGGCAACAUUCGCGUCAUGUGCCGAGUUCGACCGCCUCUUGGGCACAGCGAGGGUCAGGUAGCGCAGCUCUCGUAUCCCGACGACAAGACUUCCGCAGAGAUCCUGGUUGCCGGACCUGAAGAGAAAUCCAGUCUUGGAGUUAUCCAGAGGAAGAGCUAUCCGUUUGAGUUUGACCGAGUGUUUACGCCUGAAGUACAAAACAAUGAGAUCUUUGACGAAAUAUCACAGAUGGUACAGAGCGCUCUGGACGGCUACAACGUGUGUAUCUUCUGCUACGGUCAAACCGGGUCAGGAAAGACGUAUACCAUGUCAUCUCCCGACGGCAUGAUUCCACGAGCUACACAUAUGAUAUACGACACAGUAACCCAGCUCAAGGAGAAAUCAUGGGACUAUACCUUGGAGGGUUCCUUUGUCGAGGUUUACAACGAAGAACUAAACGACUUGCUAACACCCAAUGAACGCACUGCGGAGGGACGACUGACGAGGAAACUGGAGAUCCGACACGACGAAAUCAGGAAGCAGACGACCAUCAUGGGCUGCAAGUCUGUUCGACUAAACUCUGCCGAUACCGUAGAGCUGAUGCUGGAAGAGGCACAGAAGAAUCGGUCGGUAGCAGCCACCAAGGCCAACGAGCGAUCCUCUCGGUCUCACAGCAUUUUCAUCCUGAAGCUCAUUGGCGAAAACUCAGCAACGGGCGAACGAUGCGAGGGUACUCUCAACUUGGUUGACCUAGCCGGAUCAGAACGCCUCAAGCAUUCGCAAGUCGAAGGCGACAGGAUGAAGGAGACGCAGAACAUCAACAAGAGCCUGAGUUGCCUGGGAGACGUAAUUGAAGCGCUGGGAAGGGGAUCAGGCCAUAUUCCGUAUCGAAACUCCAAGCUCACACACCUACUGCAAUACAGCCUGGGUGGAAACAGUAAAACACUCAUGUUCGUCAUGGUAUCGCCAUUGGAGACUCAUCUGAAGGAGACUUUGACCAGCCUGAGAUUUGCUACAAAGGUACACAAUACACACAUUGGCACAGCGAAAGCAACCAAGAAGAUCAAGGGAGAUUUAUAA